AUGUUGAAAGUUCUUGUCUUGGCACUAACGACGACACUCGUUGAAUCCUGCUUCUGCCCUUCGUUAUUCACUUCGUCGUGCGGCUGCGGUGGAUACUCCGGCGGAUAUGGCGCAGGUUAUUCUGGUGGUUAUGCUUCCUCCGGUUACCCAACUACCGGAAACAAUGGAUACGCUGUAUUCUACAGAGAUCUGACUCCAUUCCGACAACCGCAAUAUUAUCCACAACAGCAACCUCAAGUUCUUCCACAAAUGUACCAGCUGCCGAAUCCGCGAUUCCUUCGACCAGCUCCCCGUCCAUAUGUGUCUCAAACGGCUCAAGUUCAACCUCAAAGGCCUCCUCCAACUCUUAUCACCCAAUCGAAUGUUUAUCAGCAGCCACCAGCUCCCGUCUCUGCUCUUUCUCAAGAAGUUCGUGUUACUCAUGCGCCAGUUCUCCAUGAAGGAGAGAUUUCUGAAGCUGAAGACUACAACAAUGAGGAACCUGGACAAGAGCAAGUCAAUUUAUCAACUGAAGAAGUCACCACCACCCAAGAACCAUUCACCCAUGACAAUUUCAUCACUCCGGCCGCUGAGCAGAGCAUUGUCGACGUUCAGCCAGCCACUCAGGCAACAUUUUUCACAGAGCAGGCAACCGAUGCGGUCACCGAUGCAACUGUUUUCAUUGCUAGCACUCAAGCUCCGGUUGUUACAACAACCUCUGAUGUCGAUUUUGCCCACGAGGUUGAUGAUAAACAAGCAAAGUCUGGAAGUGAAAAAAAGGGAGAUGAGUUCUACUAUGUUUAUUAUGAUGACCAUGGCAACAAGGUUGGAGACUCGAGAAGCGGAUCGACAUUCGCACCGGAAGAGGUUGUUAGCGAGUCGACGACAGUUCAGCCAGUCGCUGCCACGGUCAUGUCAACGCUUGCUACAUAUGAUGAUGUUGUCGAAGAGACGGUGACCACAAGCACCCCCGCAGUGACUGUUUCAAGGCAAGAACCUGAAAUCAUUGAAGCAAGUCACAAAGGCGAAGAUGUUAUUUACGAGGAUGACGGCGAUUAUGAAGAAGAGACGGAAGGCACCAAGACGAACGCCGUUGACGACAAAUCGCCAAACUCCAAACGCGGACUCGGCGACAACCAAAUUCUUGUAACCGCCGCCGAAGAGAUGCCGUACCGACGGAUCGCCGCCGCUCGCGGAAUUAAGACAAUCAAGCGACGAAUUGAAAUCUCACCAAGAUUGAUUCACAGCAAUUAG